AGGAAAGUUCAUCUAACAGCCAUCAACCAUGAAGAUUCUUAGAUACCUCCUGGUUUACCGAAGGUUCCUGCUCAUUGUCCUCACCCCACUGCUUUUACUUCCACUUCCACUUGUCAUCAAAACCAAAGAAGCAGAAUGUGCAUACACAUUGUUUGUAAUUGCCAUCUUUUGGCUCACAGAAGCUUUGCCACUGGCUGUUUCAGCUUUGCUUCCUGCCUUUAUGUUCCCGUUGUUUGGUAUAAUGGGAUCCAAGCAGGUAGCAUCUGCUUAUUUUAAAGACUUCCACCUGCUGCUGAUUGGAGUAAUUUGUUUGGCAACGUCAAUAGAAAAAUGGAAUCUUCACAAAAGAGUGGCUUUAAAAAUGGUGAUGCUGGUGGGUGUCAACCCUGCAUGGCUUGUGCUGGGUUUCAUGGUUAGCUGUGCUUUCUUGUCCAUGUGGCUCAGCAACACCUCUGCUGCUGCCAUGGUGAUGCCAAUCGUAGAAGCUGUAGCUCAGCAGAUCAUCAGAGCUGAAGCAGAAGCUGAUGAGCUGGAGAUGUCCUGCUCUAAUGGCUCCACCAACCCAGCACUGGAGCUGGACGAAAAUAUAGGAGAAUAUGAAAACCCAGAUUGGAAAGAGAAAGAAAAACAAGUUAAUGGAUAUAACAACAAUGUGUGCAGUACUGUAUGCACAGUUGAAAAGGAAAAUGAAAAAGGAAAUGAGCAGCAGAACCUAUCAUCUACUGAAGCACAGAGGAAAAGCAGAAAGGACAAAUACAGUGGGAUUUUCAAAGUGAUGUGCUUAUGUGUGGCUUAUUCUGCUACCAUUGGAGGACUGACAACAAUCACAGGAACAUCGACUAAUCUGAUUUUUACUGAGCACUUCAAUUCACGUUACCCAGGUUGCCAGUGCAUCAAUUUUGGAUCCUGGUUUAUCCUUUCCAUCCCCAUCGCAGUUAUUAUCUUGCUGCUAUCCUGGGUCUGGCUCCAGUGGCUUUUUCUUGGGUUUGAUUUUAAAAACAUGUUUAGGUGUGGCAAGAAGAAAACAGCUAGAGAAGAGGCCUCAUCAAAGGUGAUUCAGGAGGAGUACAAGAAACUUGGACCAAUUAGCUACCCAGAAACUGUUACACUUGUCCUGUUCAUUCUAAUGACCCUCCUGUGGUUCACCAGAGAUCCUGGCUUCAUCCCAGGAUGGUCUUCACUUUUCCCAAAGCUCAACCUGACUCCUUCAUUUCUUACUCCUCUACCUCUUUCCACCACAGCCAGUGGUGCAAGGAAUGAGGAAAAAGGGUUAUGGUAUAAAAGCUAUAUUACGGAUUCAACAGCUGCCUUAGCCAUAGGCCUCCUGUUCUUUAUUAUUCCAGCAAAAACUUUGCCUAGGACAUCAAAUGGAGAAAACACUGUUUUUGAUUACACUCCCCUGAUUACUUGGAAGGAAUUUCAGUCAUGCAUGCCCUGGGAAAUAGCUAUUCUUGUUGGUGGCGGGUUUGCACUGGCAGACGGCUGCGAGGUUUCGAAACUUUCUGAGUGGGUAGCAAGUAAAUUGACCCCUCUAGGAUCAUUACCCCUGUGGCUGGUUAUCCUGAUAUCCUGCCUUAUUGUCACUUCAGUAACAGAAGUAGCCAGCAACCCAGCUACUAUCACGAUCUUUUUGCCCAUACUUUCUCCUUUGGCUGAAGCCAUCCAUGUGAACCCACUUUUCAUUUUGAUACCUGCUACCUUGUGUACUUCCUUUGCGUUCCUGCUUCCUGUAGCAAACCCAGCCAAUGCCAUUGUGUUUUCAUAUGGUCAUUUAACAAUUAUGGACAUGGUGAAAGCUGGCUUGGGCAUUAACAUCAUUGGAGUUGCUGUAGUUAUGCUUGCAAUUAUGACAUGGAUAGUGCCUGUAUUUGAUCUCUAUACUUACCCAAGCUGGGCACCCAACAUUCCAACUACAAAUGGCACUGGGCUGUAAAAAAAACCAACAAAAAACAGUUUCUUUUUUUUUCCUCGCAUGUGGUGAGUCACUUAAAAUGCUUUCGGUCACCACAAUGAUAAGGAUCUACAUUACUAUAAAUGCUGUAUUUCACAGUCCCAGAGACUGAUGAUCCAGUCUGAGAGUCUAAUCAGGAAGAGUGCUAGACUUUCUAAAGAUCAUAGUUAGAUCAGGUUUCUAAUCUAGUUCAGCUAGUCUGAAUUUUUAUAUCUUCAUGUUAUGAAGGUAAAAAUAAAUGUGCAUAGCCAUUAUCACUGGCAAUUUCCCCCCAUUCUCAGGGUAGCAAAAUAACAAAAUUUGGAUUUUAUUAUUUCAAAUACAAAUCCUUGUUAUUACUUAUUUGGGAGUUGUCAGAGAGCAUGUCGGUUUUCUAUAUUCAAGCUCUGUUUGGAACUGUGUUGAUCACAAACAAAAGAUCAGGGAGGGGACUGUCUUGAACCCAUAGUUUACAAUCUAGUAAAAAAUGCACAGAAAAUGGAGAAGAGCAGCAUGGCCACUUACACAGCACUUUAUCUAUUAAGCACCUUGUAACCUGGAAGGAGAAUGCAUACUUAAGCGUAUGUUUAGCCUACAUCCUCCCAGGACCUCACUAAAAUAUGUUGUUGCUCUUGUAAAAAAAAAAUAUCUAUUUUUCUGGAUAGACGUAUGUUGAUAGAUCUGAGCUGAUCUGUACACAUGGAGGCUAAAUUAUCAUCAUACCUCUCUGCCAAAAGUAAAUAUAUCCCCUUCAGGAAUGAAACCAUAAGUCAGAGAUGAAGAUUUAACAGUCAGUCAAGUACAUCUUCACCAGGAGGCUCAUGAUAUCUGCAGGAUAGGUGGCAGUUUAAGGUUACUAGACUGUGUUAAUAUUGCAAUGUUCUAAACACAAAACAGUGCAAUGUGGUCAGAAUGUAAGCUGGAGUUCAAAGAUAUCUUCAAAUUAUGUUCUAUUUGGUUGUUACACAUUUUUCACCGUAAAGACUAUAGCCUUACCUGUCGUGAAGAUCCAUGAAAAUUUGCACAAAGCAUGUAAUUAGUAGUCUGAAUGACAUCUGGAUGUAUUUAGAUUGGAUCAUGCCUUAGGAUGCCUGUAUGACAGCAGUAAACAUCAAUCUGUCUUUUAAAGAUAGUGUCCAUUUUUCUUAACAACAACAACAAAUGCUUUUGGUUUUUGAUUAAUGGUUUACAUUUAUUUUUGGUAGUGUGUAUUUAGAGAUGUCAGUCAUGACCUCUGUAAUGCCAGAAUGCAGUGUAUAACAUUGUUGUAUAUGUAGUUAGUUUCCUGUAGCUAUGAGUUGCAGGUUCAGCUGCAGUGAAUUAUUAAAGAAGCACUUUAAGUUCUGUGUACGUAUUGAAGUAAGUACUGGUGCAUGACACCACACUUUUAGCAGUUGAUUGAGGCUGCUAUCACAAUUUUUUAUAGAGUGGCAAAAUAGGACUAUGACCAUCACUGGGGCAAUCAGGAGCUGCCACUAUACAAAUAAUGUUUAUUGAUCCCCUGCAGUAAUGAUUAUUAUUACAGAUAUACAACACUUGGCCAAUGAAGUCAGGUACCAGAGGGAAAUACUGAUACAAGUAACUAAUCCAAGAUACAAAUCCUGGAUUAUAUUAUAUGGUACUUUCCCAGAAGCAUGUGCAGUGAAGGAGCUUGUGGCUUGUUCAGGCCUUUGGUUCUGCAGGCAAAGAGUGGUCUUACUUUAAGUUAUCACCUUCCAAUUUUGUCAGUAAUUUCCCGAUUAUUCAAGAGCAGUGGAAAGAGUGAAUAACAGCAUUUCAAGUGGAAGGGAUCUCAGAAGCAUCCAGUCUUGCUCAAAACAAGGUUAUUACUCUGCUCAGAUCAGGUUGCUCAGGGAUUUGUCUAGACAUCUUGAAACUCUCCAACAUGAAACCCAACAUGCACAAUUUCUCUGACUGAUGUUCUCCAGUGAUUUACUGUCCUUGUGGUGAAAUAUUUUAUCUUUAAACAAAUAAGCAAACAUAAUAAUUUCAGGAUAAUAAACUCAUUAUUCUCCCUUUUAUUUGGGAUAGAUUAUUUUCUGUUUGAAAAACUGGUGUUUUUUUACUUUUUCAUGAACCACAAAAAAGUCCGCUUUGUGGCCUUAUGUUCACCACUCCCACUGGAUGUGACAUUUUUACAGGUCUGCUCUGCAAAGCCUUACAAUCAUGUGGCAACUGUUGUUUAGCCAAAGGAAAUCUGUUAACUGCUCCUGAGCUGCCCCUGACUUUUAUUAAUUUUCCCAGUACAGAAUUGGCUGUUAUAACCUUAGCCUUGAAUAUGAUGAUGAGGUCUACAGGGGUCCAUGAAUGCACUUCUCCAUUAAAUCAGGCUUUGACACCAGUAUUCUCUCUUCAAGUUGUAUAUCUUCAUGGAAGAAAAUAACCAUUUUGCACCAGUUAUGAGAACUCUUGUCCACCAUCACAAGUGAUACAGUUUUCAGUAAAGCUGAAGCUGUUUGUGUCAGUUGAUUUUCAGCAGUUCAUUUAUGUUAUUUUCUGGAUUAUUCAUAGAAUCAGUAUGACAACAAAGGCCUGACAUGUCUGAACCCUCAUGUCAUUCUGUCACAGAAUUUCCCUAAACUCUUUUUUCACGGCAUAAAUUAUGGUUAAGUAUCUUAGUAAAGAAGAAAAAAUAGUAGAAUUGUUUAAUGAAGGAUGUGUUUUCAAAAACUACUGUGACUAAAAUUGGUGUAUACAGUGGAUAAUA